AUGAAUGUCUGCGUAUAUCUUAGUACGUAUGUAAUUGUGUGCGUGCAUGUAUGUGGUAAAGCGCGCUCAUCAAGGAAUGUUUCCAUCGGAUUGGCGCAAUUGCAUUCAUUUGUUAAUACGAGAAUGACGUAUGCAAAAAAACUGGAUUGGAACGGUCCUGCAAGUACUGGCGAAACCCGGUCAAUAUCUAUAGGAGGCCACAAUCAGUACCAUUCUCCUGGAUUCCGAUCCUUUGUUGGUGGUUAUUCCGGAAAUCUAUCAUUGUCAUCAAUCUGUUCAAGUAUGUUGAGCAGCUAUUGA